UUGUACUGCAUUCUAAUUCUGCCUGUAGUUGGGAGAAAAUGGAGUCUCUUCUCAUGAUAUUUACUCGGGCCUACCGUUAAGAGCAAUAUCGAUACAUUAUCGUAUGGGUUGUGCAACAAAGGAUUGGAUAUAAAGUUUUCCGAAAAGGGUAUUUGGUUGGAUUCUUUCUCGGAUUAAAGUUGAAUGAUACUUCUAUCACAUGGCGCAGAUGGGAGCCAGAACGGUUUGGGGCAAGGGCACCCUUGUGACCCCUCACAUUACUUGGAAUAAGGAGGAAUGUGACCCCUAAAACACACACACCAUGGCACGCCAGUGGGAUUCCUAUCAGUAGGAGCCAGCCACACAGAGACAAACAAAAUCUAUAAAACCCUAGACCAAGAGAGAGAGAGAAAGGAGGAAUCUCACAGAUCUAUGCACAGAUCUCUCCUACUGGAGGGCCUUAACUAUUUAGGUCACGAGCUCCGGAGCAAGCUUAGGAGUGUGUGCGAGUGUAUCCGUUUUUGGUGGAGGUGUGUGCGUGUGUGUGUUUGGGUGUGAUUUCCUUAGACUAAAACGGGAGUGUCAUGAGGCCCAAGACGUUUCCCGCUGCUCCGUACAUGGGCAACACGCGCCAGCGCCUCCAGGAGAUCAAGGAGGGGCUAAAGCAGCCAGCCAAGCUGGUGAGCCAGGCCCUCCACGGGGGCAGCUCCCGGGGCGAGGGGGGCCGCGGGGCUGAAUGCAAGGGCAAAGACCCCGGCAGUCGCCAGCAGCAGCACCGGCCCCCUCAGAAGUUCAACAAUUACCAGAACGCUCUGAGGGAGAUCCGCAAGUCCCUCAUGCCCUUUGCCAAUGAGUCUGGACCCUCCUCUGGCUCUGCCCACCCCGCUGGAGACGUCAACCGACAGAUGCUGCAGGAGCUGGUCAACGCUGGCUGUGACCAGGAAAUGGCGGUGCGGGCUCUGAAGCAGACGGGCAGCAGGAACAUUGAGGCUGCUCUGGAGUACAUCAGUAAGAUGGGAUACCUGGACCCACGCAACGAACUCAUCGUCCGGAUCAUCAAGCAGACCUCGCCAGGCAAAGGGGGCAUGCCAAACGCAAUGGACCACAGACCACCAUUAGAGGGAACAAGUGAGGGUGCCAUGCCUCCCUACCACCAGAUGGGGGCACCGAUGUAUGAGGGCGCUGGUUAUGGGCCAGAGGGGCCCUACAUGGGUGCCCCUCCUGUCAUGAACUACCUGAUCCCCCCCUCGGGCGCAGCACAGGGCCCUGCCAUGGUUAACCCCAUGGGACGCCCGCCCAGUAUUGGAGCCUACCCGCCCUCCAUGGCCGUCCAGAACAAUCCAGGGAACCCCAUGUACCCCCCAGGCGCCCCGCAAAAGGCCUACCUAGGCAGCAUGGAGCAGGCCAUGAUUGGCUACAGCGUCCCCGGCCAGCCCCUGCAGCUCCAGCCCCAGGCACCAGGAGGCCCCAUCCCCGGACCCCACUACGACUACGGCCACGGCCGGCCUCAUAUGAUGGAGCCCUCGGGCUACAGUGUCAAGAGGAGCGCCUCCUUCCAGAACAAGAUGCCACCGCUGGCGCCCGACAACUAUGUCAACAUGCAGGUGAAAGGGGCCAUGGGCCAGAACGGGGGAGGGUACCCCCCUAACCUGUACCUAGCGCCCCACUCCCACCCCCGGCAGUCCAGCCCCACCUCACACCAGGUCCACAUGAUGUCCCGCUCCCCCGGUGGAGCCACCGCUGCCGCUGCCAUGGGGCCAGACUUCUCUGACCUCCCCCAGGGCCUGCUCACGCCCUCCAGAGCCAGUCUCAACCUGGACCUGUAUGAGCAGCACCAGCACCACUGGGCCGGUCCCCAGGGGCCUGAGGGGGCCCCUCCAGCCAGGCAGCCCCAGCCUCAGGGGCCCUUCCGGGGAGAGGUGCGGGUCCCCAGCAGGACCAACUCCUUUAACAACCGCUCUGCGCCCCCCAACAACGUCCGGCCCACUUUGGCCACUCCAGCUCCUGGCAAGCAGGACCCGUCCCUGGGUCCGCCCAACACCAUCACAGCGGUGACAUCGCCCCCCAUCCAACAGCCGGUGAAGAGCAUCCGGGUGAUGAGGCCCGAGCCGAAGACGGCUGUGGGACCGUGUCACCCUGGCUGGUUGGCUGCUCAGGCUGCUCAGGAAGCAUCUGAGCCCCUCGCAUACAUGCCUGAAGAGGCCUACGCUCUGGAGCCUGCCCAGGAGCCCCGCUGUCCACCACCUCCCUACCCCAAAAUCCUGCUCAUAUCUGGGGCUGCUUCAGAGGCAGGGCCCCUGGAGGCACCAGGAGGAGCUAUGUGUGGAGCCCCAGACCUCAACACCCCUGGUAGGCCACACAGUGGUAGUGGAGGAGGAGGGGGAAAGGCAGAGGAGAGCCAGGUGAAAGAGAAGACCAAGUCUGGGAAAGGAGAGAAGGCAGUGAAGGACAAGAAGCAGAUCCAGACAUCGCCGGUGCCGGUCAGGAAGAAUGGGCGUGAUCAGGAGAAGAGGGAAUCGCGCAUUAAAAGCUACUCGCCCUUUGCCUUCAAGUUCUACAUGGAGCAGCAUGUGGAGAAUGUGAUGAAGACCCAUCAGCAGAAACUGAAUCGCAGGCUGCAGCUGGAGCAGGAGAUGUCCAAGGCUGGCCUUUCAGAGGCCGAGCAGGAGCAGAUGAGGAAGAUGCUAAACCAGAAGGAGUCCAACUACAACCGUCUGCGCCGCGCCAAGAUGGACAAGGCCAUGUUUGUCAAAAUCAAGACACUGGGCAUCGGGGCCUUCGGCGAGGUGUGCCUGACCCGCAAGGUGGACACAGGAGCCCUGUACGCCAUGAAGACGCUGCGCAAGAAGGACGUGCUCAACCGCAACCAGGUGGCCCACGUCAAGGCUGAACGUGACAUCCUGGCGGAGGCAGACAACGAGUGGGUGGUGCGUCUGUACUACUCUUUCCAGGACCGUGACAGCCUCUACUUUGUCAUGGACUACAUCCCCGGAGGAGACAUGAUGAGCCUGCUGAUCCGCAUGGGCGUCUUCCCCGAACCACUGGCAUGCUUCUACGUGGCUGAGCUGACCCUGGCCAUCGAGAGCGUCCACAAGAUGGGCUUCAUCCACCGCGACAUCAAGCCUGACAACAUCCUCAUCGACCUGGACGGACACAUCAAGUUGACCGACUUUGGCCUCUGCACCGGCUUCCGCUGGACGCACAACUCCAAGUACUAUCAGAAAGGGAGCCACAUCAGGCAGGACAGCAUGGAGCCCAGUGACUUCUGGGAUGACGUGUCCAACUGUCGUUGUGGCGACCGGCUGCAGACCCUGGAGCAGCGGGCAACACGGCAACACCAGCGCUGCCUGGCACACUCCCUGGUGGGCACGCCCAACUACAUCGCCCCUGAGGUGCUGCUGCGCAAAGGGUACACCCAGCUGUGUGACUGGUGGAGUGUGGGAGUGAUCCUCUUUGAGAUGCUGGUGGGACAGCCACCCUUCCUGGCCCCGACACCCACCGAGACACAGAUAAAGGUGAUAAACUGGGAGAGCACGCUGCAGGUGCCCCCACAGGUCAAGCUCAGCCCAGAGGCUGUCGACAUCAUCGGCCGUCUCUGCUGCUCUCCCGAGGAGCGUCUUGGGAGCAACGGCGCCGGCGAGAUCAAGACUCACCCCUUCUUCGACCAGAUGGACUUCUCCAGCAACCUGCGCACCCAGCCCGCCCCCUACCGGCCCAAGAUAGCCCACCCCAUGGACACAUCCAACUUCGACCCAGUGGAGGAGGAGGGGGGUCCCGGGGCGUGGAGUGACAGCAGGGACAGCACACGGGCCUGGGAGACCCUCUGCACCCCACACGGGAAACAUCCGGAGCACGCUUUCUACGAGUUCACCUUUCGCAGGUUUUUUGAUGACAACGGCUGCCCCUUCCGCUACCCCAAGCCCCCUGAGAUCAGCCACAGCCAGGGGCCUCCCAGCAGCAGCGGAGCCAGCAGCAUGGGCCCUGAGGAGGAAGAGGAGGAGGGGGAGGAAGAGCAGGGGGAGCCUGUGUAUGUGUAGAAGAGCCCAGACUGUUGGCUUUCUGAACCAUGAC